AACCAUGGCAUCUAUGAAUGACUUUAUCGGACGAUGGAAGUUGGUCCAAACCGAGAACUUUGAUGAAUACAUGAAGGAAAUCGGAGUCGGGCUCAUCACAAGAAAGGCUGCUGCUCAUUUGAAGCCAAUAUUGGAAAUCCGAUUGGAUGGAGAGACAUGGAACUUUGAUCAAUUCUCAACAUUCAAGAACACGAAAUUGUCUUUCAAGUUAGGAGAGGAAUUCGUUGAGAACAGUCCAGAUGAUCGUACCUACAACUCUCUGUUCACUUUUGAAAACGGAAAACUGACUCAUCGUCAGAACAAGAUCAAGGAGAAUCACAAAAGUUCAGUUCUGACAACAUGGCUUGAAAACGGAAAACUCAUUCAAACCUAUCAAUCUGGAGAUGUCAUUUGCCGUCGCGAGUGGGAGAGAGAAUAAUUUAUUUUUAAAAUCAUGCAGUUAUGAGCACUUUGAAUUAUGCACUUUGAAAUUGGUUUUUUUAAAUAGUUUUUCAUUCAAAUAAAACAUUUUGGAUCU